AUGAAAAUUAUAAAGUAUUUUUAUACUUUCAUACUCUAUUUUUUAUUUUUAUUUAAUUGUUUGGCGUUUGUUAAAAGUGGUGACCUGGAAUGUAAAAAUAAUUUAUUAUUAAAAUAUCAAGUAUUUGCAAAUACUUUGUGCGAUUCAGCAGAAGUUAAUACCACAACAAUCACUUUUCGUGCAACUUGUAUAAAUAAUAUUCUUUACACUUUCCAUAUUACUCCAACUGCUAGCGCACCAAAUGUUACAUUGACUUAUGAUGAUUUGAAUUGCUUCACAGAUCUUUCUGAUAUGGUUUUCACAAAUGUUAGAUUCAAUGGAAAUGCAUUUGGACAGGAGAAUCAACAACAGGUAGCAAAAAGACUUUAUUUUAUUAAUUGUACAUUUGAGUCUGGUGAAAUUGGUGAUUCCCUUUCAAAAAACACAACUCUAGUUUGGAUUGAAUUUAAUGAGAAUUCAAAUUUAAAAAAUAUUUAUUUUUUAAAUAUUAAACAUUUAGAAACAUUUAUACUAACUAGAAUAGGCGAUUUGGCUAAAAUUCCAUAUAUUGAUAAUAAUCUUCAAAAUCCUUCAUAUCAUUUUAAAGAAAUUUUGGAAAAAAAAAAAAAAAGAAUAUUAGUUACAGAACAAUUAAUGUCAUUUAAUGGUUUAAAUUGUUCAAGAAUGACUAUUACACUUAUAAAUGCAACAGAACAACAUAGUGGAUUAGAUUUUUUAAAUACCAUUAAUAGUAUUGAUGAAUUGAAUUUAGAUUUUGGUGAUAAUUUAAUUGCCUUUCCAGGUAUAAUAGGUUCAAACAAUAAUAAAUUAAAAACUCUUUCAAUUUCAGGUAAAUUUAAAAAACCAUCAAUUAUAGGAUUAACUAUUCAAGAAGGCCUUCAAGAGUUUUCAAUUAAUGGUGGUGGUGAAUUAUUUAAUAUUAAUGGUGCUUUACCAUUCUUAACUAUUCCAUCUUCAUUAAAGUUAUUUUAUAUUGCUGAUAUUGGUUUAACCACUUUUCCAACCUUUCCACUUAAUAUUGAAACAAUAUUAAUUUAUAAAAAUAAUUUUGGAGGCAUUUUACCAGAUUUGUCAAGUUAUAAAAAAUUAUCACAUGUUUCUUUAGCAGAGUGUGGUUUCACUGGUACAAUUCCAGAAAGUUAUUGUAUGUUUACUGGUACUUUAAAUAAUAAUUCACUUACUGGUUUUUGGCCCCAAUGCAAAAUAUGUUAUUUUGAUAAUUUUGAAGAAAGUUUUGAUGGUAAUCCAUCACUAGAGAAAGGAAAUUGUGAACCAGGAUCAAUUGUUCCAAAUUUAGAAUAUUAUAAUGUUUCAAAUGAAAUAACAUUAUAUGGAGAGAAUUUAGGCAUUUUCGGUCCAGGUAAUAUUUAUAAUAUAGGAUUUAAAGUAAUAAAUAGACAAUCAUUAUUUAAAGCAAUUUGGAAUGAAACAGCCAAUGGUAUAAUUCCAAAUAUUAUUGAACUUAAUUUUGGUGGUACUAAUUUUAAAUUAGCAACUAAAUCUUUAAAACCAAUAGUUCAAUCUAUUACAAAGCUUGGUUCUAAUUAUGCUUUUAAAGGUGAAAAUUUCUCUUAUAAUAAAGAACAUUUUGAAGUUAAAAUUGGUGGUGUACCAUGUGAAAUUAAUUAUAUUGCUUUUGAAAUUAUUAAAUGUAGUUUCAAAACAUCAAUAUUACCAAAUAAUGGUAUAGAUAUCAAAUCAACAAUUCAAAAUUUUAAUAUAGAUCAAAUAAUUUCAUUCACUGUAAAUACAAUUGAUAAUAAAACAACAGAUAUUUUAACAUGUGCAUCUGAAUGUCUUAAUGGUGGUUUUUGUAGUUCAACAAGUGGUAAUUGUAUUUGUGGUGAAAUAUAUAAAGGAUCUGAUUGUGCUAUUUUAAAGACAUGCCAAAACAAUUGUAUAGAUUCAAAUCAUGGAUAUUGUAAUUAUACAAGUGAAAGUUGUGUUUGCGUUAAUGGUUGGUCUGGUAAUGAUUGCUCAACUAUGGUUUGUACUUCUGAUUGUAGUGAACCUUUAGGUAAUGGAAAAUGUGAUACAACCACUGGAAUUUGUAAAUGUUCUCAACAAUAUACCAGUGAUGAUUGUAGUUUACCAAAUCAAUAUAUUUCAUCAGUAUCAUCAGUACCAACAAGCGGUGGUGUUGUAAAUAUCUGGGGUUGGUUUGGUACAAUACAUUCAGGAUUAUCAAUUAUGAUUGAUCAACAAGUUUGUCAACAUGAUGUUAAUUCAAUUACUAGUAGUUUUAUAAAUUGUACAGUUGGUGCUGGUAGUGGUACACAAUCAAUUACUCUCACUCAAAAUGGUAUUACAUAUACUGGUAAUAAUAUGUUCCAUUAUACUGAAUUAACAUAUAGUUGUCCAAAAGAUUGUUCAAAUAAUGGUAAAUGUAAUACAAAUACAGGUCAAUGUAAAUGUAAUAGUGGAUGGGGUGGUUAUGAUUGUAAUUCAAAAAAAACAACUCAACCAUCAACAUCAUCAUCAUCAUCAACAACAACUACAGCAUCCUCUUCAACAACUGGUUCUACUGAGACACCAACACCAACUUCAACACCAGUAGUUGAAAUUCCAAAAUCAAAUACUACAAUCAAUGAAGAUUUAGGUUCAGCAGUUAUCAAUAAUCAACAGACAACAUAUGAAAUUUCAAUUUUAUCAUUAAUUGAAACUGAUUUUUCAAAUAAUAUUGUAAAUACAUUUAAUUUAUCAAAGAAAUGGACAGCUUCAGUAAGCACAGAUAAUAUCUAUAAAUUUACUCAAACAAUUCAAGAAUCAUGUAAUAUCACAUACACUAUUGAAGAGAUUAAAACAGAAAGAGAUUAUCAAUGGGCAGGUUUAGAUUUAACAUUGGAUAAAGAUUCAAUCAAAAUUUCAGUCUCAAUUAAAAAUUACACUUUUAAUAGUGUUUUAAAUAAUCUUCAAUUAAGAUUUGAAUCAUUAGUAGGUGAUAAUAAUAAAAAUACUCAAGAUAAUAAUGAAUGUAAUAAUAAAGAUACUCAAGUUGAUACAAGUGAAAUCGAUAAAAAUCAAUUAUUAAAUUAUGUAACAAUAUCAAGAAAUCAAAAAGUUUUAUAUGGUCGUUUCAUUAAUAGAGUUAUUAGUGAUUCAAGACAAACUUUUAUAACAACCUCUGUAAUUCCAAAUAAUAAUAAUAAUAAACAAUCAGUGAUCAUUGGAUUAAAUCUUCCACAUUGCACGCAUGAAUGUUUAAUUGAUCCUGAUUUCUCUGUUUUGGUUUCACCAUCAUAUCAAGAAUGUUCUAGUGAUUUAAAUAAUGGUCGUGCCAGUUGGGUAUUACCUGUUGCUAUCGUUGUACCUUGUGUUGCUGUUGCUGCCAUUAUUAUUAUUAGUGCGGUAUUGUAUAAAAAGAAUCGUUUAUCUUUUUUGAUUGUCAAAAAUAAGUUAAAUAAUAUAAAACUUUCCAAAAAAUAA